AUGGUUAUUAGCAGGACACAUUAUACCUGUGAUGUUAUUAUUGCAUUAUUGGCAUCAAAAGCUUUGUUUAUAUUUUAUCACGCUUUUUGUGAAAUAGAUUCCCUUCAACAAAGAAAACGUUCUGUUCUACAUUCUCUUUGUUUUACAAAAAUAAUAUUUUGGUUGGAAGAAAAUGUUGAUAAUCAAAAACUAAAAAACGAAUUAGAAAUUCCAAUAAUUGGUAAUUAUUUGCUUCAUCUUCACAAAGAAAAUCGCAGAAAUAAUGUUCAAGAUUUAAAUAAAUCUAUGAGCAGCAAUUCUUCAAUAACAACAGCAGCAGUUGAAAGUGUUAAAAAAAGGAAAAGUUAA